UCCAGAGAAAAAAUGGCGGCUCCUCUCAAAUCUUUGGCUGCUUUUCUUCUUCUUCUUCUUCUCUGUAUGGUUAGUGGAGGAAGGGGUUGCACAUACAGCGGGAUUCAGAUCGGGACGGAGAGAACCGGGAGGGAGAUAGAGGGAGAAGUGGAGUGGAAAGUGACGGUGACAAACACAAAAGGAGAUGCUUUGCCCGCCAAAGCUUCCGCUCAGUUCACUUACGCAGGCCAGCCUUACAUCUUCAGGCCCAUCGGUUCCAUGGUGGACCCCAGUUGCAACAAGCCCUGAUCUUCAUAUGAUCUGCCUCUCUCUAGUUUUUUUAUUUUUUAUUUUUUAUGAAAUGAUCCAAAAAUAGCUUACUAUAAAAUACGACACGACAAGG